AUGUCCAGCACCGGAAGCAAAGCCCCACUAGCGAACGGCAGCACAACAGUUCACCGGUAUGGGGCGACGGCGGACUCCAAGACGGUAGUGCCGGCGGUGAACGGCAUCGAAACACACCAGGCCGCUGAUCCUGGUUCCCCGGUUGAUAUGGAGCGCGCCCAGCUUGAAAAGCGCUCCACGCUAAGGAUGUGCGAGAAAAUCGGUUACGGGUUGGGCCACGUGUACAACGAUUUGUGCGCCGGGAUUUGGUUCAGCUACACGCUGCUGUUUAUGCAGGGUGCACUUGGCAUGCCGGCGGUUGAGGCCGGAGCGAUGGUGAUGCUGGGACAGGUCGGAGACGCCAUUGCAACGCCGAUCGUGGGCCUGCUGACAGAUCGGUAUGGGACGAAAAGGCAGUGGCAUAUAGCAGGUACUUUCAUAGUAUUUCUAACAUUCCCGAUGAUAUUCUCCCUGUGUCCGUGGUGCACGGUCGCACCGCACUGGUGGGAAAUCGUGUACUUCGUGAUUGUGAUACUUGCGUUCCAGUUCGGCUGGCCAAUCGUGCAGGUGACGCACCUGGCCAUGAUUCCGGAGCUGUCUCGCACCCAGAAGGAUCGCUCGGAUCUAACUGCCAUCCGGUACUCGGUGUCCAUCGUGUCCAACGUGGUGGUGUACAUCGUCACGUGGGCCGUACUACGCAGUCGCACCAGCACCGACAACCAGAUCGGACCGGGUGAUGCGUACCGGUUUCGGGACAUUUCACUUAUCCUCACGCUGGUAGGUGUCUCCAUGUCAGUAUUGUUCAACUUUUCGCUAACGUUCAGUGGAUACGAACAUCGGCGAAAUACGGCACUCCAGCACAAUGUCAUCCGAUCGACUGGGCCAACAACCGAGACGGAUCUCGAGCGGGAAUCGUUGUUGGAUGCGGACCAGCGACAAACAAACGGUGGUGUUCGACAUACCGUUCCAUCGCAGCUAGCUGGAUCUUCCAGCGCGCCAGACACGAUCGUGCACCGUAAACCAAAGAAAAAUUUCUUCAAAUCUCCCUUGCUGUAUCAGAACGCUUUGCUGUAUGUUUUUUCGAGGCUCUUCAUGACUACUUCGCUGGUGUACAUGCCACUUUGGCUGGACGAACGAGCUUACCAACCAGAUGUGACCCCAGCAGAGAACAACGCCAACGUCGAGCACCUGGCUACGGUGCCAUUGGUGUCGUUUCUGGCUUCCUUUGUGGCAUCCUUACUGUUGAAGUACAGCAAUCGGUUCGUCAGCAACAGUCUGGUGUACUUUAUUGGAUCCGUAAUCAGUAUAAGCGUGUGUCUGUGGAUAGCCUUCACGCCCCCCUCGGUAUCAUUCAGUACAGUGGCACUAUUCCUGAUCGCAUCCCUAUUUGGCGCCGGCAGCUCUAUUACGAUGAUCAGCAGCCUAUGCAUCACAGCUGACAUGAUCGGGAAGCACGCGGACCAAGGAGGCUUUAUCUACUCAGCCGUCACGUUUGCGGACAAACUGAUUACGGGGGUCGUUGUAGUAAUCAUCGAGUCGGUGAAAUGCCGUGAUCGAUCCGAUUGUCCGGAGUAUUACAAGGGAGUGCUGUCGUACGGCUGUGGAUUAGCGGCAAUUUUGGGGUGCCUUACGUUAGCGACUUUACUGUGUACCACCGCAUCUUCUCGUCGGCGAAUUCGGUAGUCAUCCUUAGCACACUCACCACGCUAAACGGAGGAGGCUCAUUUAAGUUUUCUGUUAAAACUGUUUUUUUUUAUCCUAAAUUUAUCUUUAUACUGUUAAGUAGCAGGUUUUAUUAAAAGAAAUAAAUUUUAUAAAAUGAGUCCCGAGUUUUAUUAUGCUUUAAAAAUUCAAUAAAAAUCAUAUUGUGAGAUAC